AUGUUACCGAGGGAUAAGGAAAAAACUUUUAGGAAAGCGAAGCCACGAGCAAAAGUGGGUGUAGAAGGUUUGCCAGGAUGGCGAGUGCUGGUGUCAGGCAGCAGUGGUACCAGUACUAGCAAGAGGAAGGAGGAGGAAGCUGAUUCCAUGAAGGCUCUUGACCAGAUAAGAGUAGGCAGGCAACCCUGGCUACUGCACUGCGGUGUGAAAGGCAAGUGGGAGAAACUACCACCCUAUAAUACUGCAAUGAAAAUGUCACAACAAAGAGGAAACUUUCUUGGCAACAUGCUUUCACGACGAAAAAUUCCGUGGGGGUCUGAGUCCCGCAGGACCAGGAGCAAGUCUGACACUGUCGUCAUCAUGCGAAAACCUUGUAAAAUAGGAAUUUGGAAUGUUAGGACCUUAUGGACACCCAACAAGCACUCACACGAGAUGGCCAACUUCAAAUUAUUUACCCUCACACUGGGCGUGCUGUUAAUAGGGGCGGUUUUUGGGGACGAAUCGGGGGAUGCCACCCCGGACAACGAGCCAAUAACAGCGAUCGGGGAUAAAGGGAGACGACAAGAUGUGCCAGAGGUUGUUUUACAGCUUAAAUACGAUGGUGGUGAACUGAAUAAGAUAUAUCUGACUCAGUUUCGGAAAAACGUGAAGACUUGGUCUCCUUCAGUGGUUGACAGAGUCAACCUGUGUGCGGACCUGUGCCACGCGGGUCUUGGCGGGGAAGCGUGUGGGUCAACAUGCUCUCAACUAAUCCCAGUAGGGCUAAAGUCAGCACUGCAAGAGAGUCACAACACGGAUUCAGCAAUGUACGGACAGCCUAGAUACUCCGUGUGCCCGGCGCUAUGCAGCAAUCAUCUAGGUGAGCCACUAUGCAAUUGCACUAAACCAGAGGUGGAGCACGGGAUCGACUGGAGCGCUGUGUGCUCAGCAUUCGGCGUCGAGGGAUACACACUGAAUGGUUGUUCGGCGUAUCCGAAUACUGCCACGUCUGAGGCAACAACCGCAUUGACUAGGGCCAAUGUCCGUGGCCUGGCUAACUCUGAAGGUUGGGCAGCAUGGUGCAACGUACAAUGUCGACAGGGCCAAGGUGGAGCAGCCUGCAACUGCAGCCGAUCCCCUUUCCAGUAA